CGCGGCGCCGAGCGGGCGUGCUUCUCUGCGGCCGGAGCGGCGAGCGCAGCGUCCGUCUGGGCGCCGGGCCUGGCCUCGCGCUCCCCUCGCUGCCGGCGGCCGGGCCGCGAGCUCAAGAUGGAAGAGAUCCUGCGGAAGCUGCAGAAGGAGGCGUCCGGGAGCAGGUGCAGAGGCAUCAGGGAGAGCUGCGCCUGGGCCCUGGAAACCCUGGGUGGUGUGGAUACCGUUGUCAAGAUCCCCCCACACUUGCUGAGGGAGAAGUGCCUGCUGCCUUUCCAGCUGGCUUUGGAAUCCAGGAAUGCAAAGCUGGCCCAGCACGCCUUGGCAGGGAUACAGAAGCUCCUGUCAGAAGAGAGGUUUGUAUCCAUGGAGACGGACUCUGAUGAGAAGCAGCUGCUCAAUCAGAUCCUGAAUGCUGUGAAAGUGACACCUUCCCUCAACGAAGACCUGCAGGUGGAGGUCAUGAAGGUUUUACUCUGCAUAACCUACACCCCGACCUUUGACCUGAACGGGAGUGCGGUGCUGAAGAUCGCAGAGUUGUGUUUAGCAUGCCGUAAAGCUGGAUGUCCACAAAUGCAUGAAAUGAUCAAAAUGUCCAUUACGAAACUCCUCACUGCCCUGUGUCUUCGUGUGUUUCCUGGCCAUCAGGGACCUGUGGCUUUUCACAAGGUGUGCAUUGAGACAUACGUGUGUAGCUGCCACCAGCGCAGCAUAAACACUGCUGUGCGGGCCACUCUCAGUCAGAUGCUGAGUGACUUGACUUUGCAGUUGCGCCAGAGGCAGGAGAGCACGAUAAUUGAAAACCCGGAUGACCCACAGGAAUUCAGGAAUCAAGGGUCAACGGUGGAGUCCCUCUGUGAUGACCUUGUGUCUGUGCUCACUGUUCUGUGUGAGAAGCUGCAGGCCGCCAUCAAUGACAGCCAGCAGCUGCAGCUUCUGCACCUGGAGUGUAUCCUGUCCGUGCUCAGCGGUUCCUCCUCCUCCAUGCACCUGCACCGAGGCUUCACAGACCUGAUCUGGAAAAACCUUUGCCCCGCUCUCAUUGUGAUCCUGGGGAAUCCAGUUCAUGACAAAACCAUCACGUCUGCUCACAGCAGCAGCACAAGCACCAGCAUCGAGCUGGACUCUGCGUCUCCAGGAGUUUCCGACCACGGCCGGGGCUCAGGUUGUUCCUCCACUGCGCCAGCCCUGAGCGGGCCUGUGGCUCGGACUAUCUACUACAUUGCAGCUGAGCUGGUCCGGCUGGUGGGGGCAGUGGACUCCAUGAAGCCCGUGCUCCAGUCCCUCUAUCACCGCGUGCUGCUUUAUCCCCCACCCCAGCACCGGGUGGAAGCCAUCAAAAUAAUGAAAGAGCUACUUGGGAGCCCACAGCGUCUCUGCGAUUUGGCAGGUCCCAGCUCCACUGAACCAGAAUCCAGAAGAAGAUUGGUUUCAAAAAGAAAGUCUCAUCUGGAUCUCCUCAAACUCAUCAUGGACGGCAUGACCGAAGCAUGCCUCAAGGGUGGCGUCGAAGCUUGCUAUGCCGCCGUAUCCUGUGUCUGCACCCUGCUUGGGGCCUUGGAUGAGCUCAGCCAGGGCAAAGGCUUGAGUGAAGAUCAGGUCCAGCUGCUGCUGCUGCGUCUCGAGGAGCUGAAGGACGGGGCUGAGUCCAGCCGGGACUCCAUGGAGAUCAACGAGGCUGACUUCCGAUGGCAGCGGCGAGUCCUGUCCUCAGAGCACACACCCUGGGAACCGGGGAAUGAGAGGAGCCCAGACAUCAGCAUUAGUGUGACCACAGACACGGGCCAGACCACUUUGGAGGGAGAACUGGGUCAGACUACACCUGAGGACCACUCCGAACUCCUCAAGGACGGGCUCAAGUCGCCAGCUGUCCAGAAGAGCAAGGAGACCCUGGGUAAGGCAUCAGAGCCAGAAGCAGUGGACCAGCCAGAUGUGGUGCAGGGAAGCCACACGGUCGCGUACCCUGACAUCACUAAUUUCCUGUCGGUGGACUGCAGGAUGAGGUCCUACGGAUCAAGGUAUAGUGAGAGCAAUUUCAGCGUUGAUGACCAAGACCUUUCUAGGACAGAAUUUGAUUCCUGUGACCAGUACUCGAUGGCAGCAGAAAAGGACUCAGGGCGGUCUGACGUAUCGGACAUCGGGUCCGACAACUGUUCGCUUGCUGACGAAGAGCAGACCCCUCGGGACUGCCUGGGCCACAGGUCCCUGCGAACCGCUGCUCUGUCUCUGAAACUGCUGAAGAGCCAGGAAGCCGACCAGCAGAGUGCCAGGCUGUUUGUGCAGUCACUGGAGGGCGUCCUUCCUCGCCUCCUGGCUCUGCCUAGCAUGAGGGAGGUGGACUCAGCCCUCCAGAGCUUCGCCUCUUCCUUCUGCUCAGGCAUGAUGCACUCUCCCCGACUGGACGGGAACAGCAGCCUGGGCUUGCAGAUGCUGAUGAACGCAGACAGCCUGUACACAGCCGCGCACUGUGCUCUGCUCCUCAACCUCAAGCUUUCCCAUGGCGACUACUACCGGAAGCGGCCCUCCCUGGCACCUGGCGUGAUGAAGGAGUUCAUGAAGCAGGUCCAGACCAGCGGGGUGCUGAUGGUCUUCUCCCAGGCCUGGAUCGAGGAACUCUACCAUCAGGUGCUCGACAGGAACAUGCUCGGGGAAGCUGGCUACUGGGGCAGCCCUGAGGACAACAGCCUUCCCCUCAUCACCAUGCUGACUGAUAUCGAUGGCUUAGAGAGUAGUGCAAUUGGGGGCCAGCUGAUGGCCUCGGCGUCUGCAGAGUCCCCUUUCGCCCAAGCCAGGAGAAUUGACGACUCCACCGUGGCAGGUGCGGCGUUUGCUCGCUACAUUCUGGUUGGCUGCUGGAGGAACUUGAUCGAUACUUUAUCCACCCCGCUGACGGGCCGAAUGGCAGGGAGCUCCAAAGGGCUGGCCUUCGCUCUGGGUGCUGAAGGCCUCAAAGAGCAGAACCAGAAAGAGCGCGACGCCAUCUGCAUGAGCCUCGACGGGCUGCGGAAAGCGUCGCGGCUGAGCUGUGCUCUGGGAGUGGCAGCCAACUGCGCCUCUGCCCUUGCCCAGAUGGCAGCGGCCUCCUGUGUCCAGGAGGAGAAGGAGGACAAGGAGGCCCCGGAACCCAGUGAUGCCAUUGCACAAGUGAAACUAAAAGUGGAGCAGAAACUGGAGCAGAUCGGGAAGCUGCAGGGCCUGUGGCUGCACACAGCCCACGUCUUGUGCAUGGACGCCAUCCUCAGCGUGGGCCUGGAGAUGGGAAGCCACAACCCGGACUGCUGGCCACACGUGUUCAGGGUCUGCGAGUAUGUGGGCGUGCUGGAGCACACCCACUUCAGCGAUGGCACCUCCCAGCCGGCUCUGACCAUCAGCCGGCCCCAGAAGACAUGCGGAGGCUCUGAGCUCCCUGGGGCCCCGCAGGGUGAGAGUGCGUCCCCAGAGCAGAGCCAGGAGCAGGAGAUCCCGCUGAGCCUGGCCCCAGCCCUCCAGCCACUCUCGGUCCAGGAGCUCGUCAGCGAAGGCCGCCGGGGCCGGGCCUCUGACUUCCGCGGCGGCAGCCUCAUGACAGGGAGCAGUGCCGCCAAGGCCGUGCUCGCGCUGUCCACUCAGGCUGACAGGCUCUUUGAAGAUGCUACGGAUAAAUUGAACCUAAUGGCUUUGGGGAGUUUCCUUCACCAGCUGAAGAAGGCGUCACAGUCCCAGCUAUUCCGUUCUGUCACAGAUACUGUGGAUUACUCCCUGGCAAUGCCAGGAGAAGUUAAAUCUACCCAAGACCGAAAAAGUGCCCUCCACCUGUUCCGCCUUGGGGAUGCCAUGCUAAGAAUCGUGCGGAGCAGAUCACGGCCCCUGCUACACGUGAUGCGCUGCUGGAGCCUGGUGGCCCCACACCUGGUGGAGGCUGCCUGCCAUAAGGAAAGACAUGUGUCUCAGAAGGCUGUUUCCUUCAUCCACGAUAUACUGACAGAGGUUCUCACUGACUGGAACGAGCUACCUCAUUUUCACUUUAAUGAAGCCCUCUUCCGACCUUUUGAGCGCAUCAUGCAGCUGGAGUUGUGUGAUGAGGACGUGCAAGACCAGGUCGUCACAUCCAUAGGUGAGCUGGUUGAAGUGUGUUCCGCCCAGAUCCAGUCGGGAUGGAGGCCCUUGUUCAGUGCCCUGGAAACAGUGCGCGGCGGGAACAAGGCUGAGGUGAAGGAGUACCUGGUUGGUGACUACUCCAUGGGAAAAGGCCAGGCUCCGGUAUUCGACGUGUUUGAAGCUUUUCUCAACACUGACAACAUCCAGGUCUUUGCGGACGCAGCCACUAGUUACAUCAUGUGCCUCGUGAAGUUUGUCAAAGGGCUGGGUGAGGUGGACUGUAAGGAGAUCGGAGACUGUGUCCCAGGACCAGGAGCCACAGCCCCGGACCUGUGCCUCCCUGCGCUGGAUUACCUCCGGCGCUGUUCUCAGUUAUUGGCCAAAAUCUACAAAAUGCCCUUGAAGCCAAUAUUCCUUAGUGGACGACUUGCUAGCUUGCCUCGAAGACUUCAGGAACAGUCGGCAAGCAGUGAGGACGGAAUUGAGUCAGUCCUGUCGGAUUUCGAUGAUGACACUGGUCUGAUAGAAGUCUGGAUCAUCCUGCUGGAGCAGCUAACAGCAGCCGUGUCCAACUGUCCACGUCAGCACCAACCGCCAACCUUGGAUUUACUCUUCGAGCUGUUGAGAGAUGUUACCAAAACUCCUGGACCAGGGUUCGGUAUCUACGCGGUUGUUCACCUCCUCCUCCCUGUGAUGUCCGUUUGGCUCCGUCGUAGCCAUCAGGACCACUCUUACUGGGAUGCAGCCUCUGCCAACUUCAAGCAUGCCAUUGGCCUGUCCUGUGAGCUGGUGGUGGAGCACGUUCAGAGCUUUAUACACUCAGACAUCAGGUACGAGGGCGUGAUCAACACCAUGCUGAAGGACCUCUUUGAGUUGCUGGUGGCCUGUGUGGCCAAACCCACGGAAACCAUCUCCAGGGUGGGCUGCUCCUGUAUCCGGUACGUCCUCGUGACAGCAGGCCCUGUGUUCACUGAGGAGAUGUGGAGGCUCGCUUGCUGUGCACUGCAGGAUGCGUUCUCCGCCACACUCAAGCCAGUGAAGGACCUGCUGGGCUGCUUCCACAGCGGCACAGAGAGCUUCAGUGGGGAAGGCUGCCAGGUGCGGGUGGCGGCCCCCUCCUCUUCCCCCAGUGCCGAGGCCGAGUACUGGCGCAUCCGAGCCAUGGCUCAGCAGGUGUUUAUGUUGGACACUCAGUGCUCACCAAAGACCCCAAACAACUUGGAUCACGCCCAGUCCUGUCAGCUUAUUAUCGAGCUGCCUCCAGAUGAGAAGCAAAACGGGCACGCCAAGAAGAGUGUUUCUUUCAGGGAGAUCGUGGUGAGCCUCCUGUCUCACCAGGUGUUGCUGCAGAACUUAUAUGAUAUCUUGUUGGAAGAGUUUGUCAAACGCCCAUCUCCUGGAGAGGAGAAGACCGUCCAACUGCCCGAAGCCAAGCUGGCCGGCUUCCUCAGGUACAUCUCCAUGCAGAACCUGGCGGUCAUAUUUGACCUGCUGCUGGAUUCAUACCGGACGGCCAGAGAGUUCGACACCAGCCCUGGGCUAAAGUGCCUGCUGAAGAAAGUGUCUGGCAUCGGGGGUGCUGCCAACCUGUACCGCCAGUCUGCCAUGAGUUUUAACAUCUACUUCCACGCACUGGUCUGCGCUAUCCUCACCAGUCAAGAAGCCAUCACUGCCGAGCAAGUGAAGAAGGUUCUUUUUGAAGAUGACGAGAGAAGCACAGACUCUUCCCAGCAGUGUUCAUCAGAAGAUGAAGACAUCUUUGAGGAGACUGCCCAGGUGAGCCCCCCAAGAGGCAAGGAGAAGAGGCAGUGGAGGGCUCGGAUGCCCUCCCUGAGCGUCCAGCCCAUCAGCAAUGCAGACUGGGCGUGGCUGGUCAAGCGGCUGCACAAGCUGUGCAUGGAAUUGUGCAACAACUAUAUCCAGAUGCACCUGGACCUGGAGAACAGCAUGGAGGAGGCUCCUCCCUUCAAGAGCGACCUGUCCUUUACCCUCCCCUCCUUCCCGUCCGAGUCAUCAACCCCGUCAACCGGGGGAUUCUCGGGGAAAGAUACCCCCUCUGAGGAUGACCGGAGUCAGACACGGGAUCACACGGGUGGGUCCCUGAGCCUGAGGGGGGCCAGUGGGGAGCUGCCACCGCCCCCGAGUCCCAAGGGGGAGAAGAAGGAUGCCAGCAGGAAGAAGGAGUGGUGGGAGAGCGCGGGCAACAGGAUCUGCACCAUGGCAGCUGACAAGACCAUCUCAAAGCUGAUGGCCGAGUACAAACGGAGGAAGCAGCAGCAUAACCUGCCGCCGUUCCCUAGAGAGGCCAAGGUGGAGAAGAAGGCGGAGGCCCUGGGCCCCAGGGGCCCCGACUCCCCCCUGCUACAGCGGCCCCAGCACCUGAUAGACCAGGGUCACAUGCGCCACUCCGUCAGCGCGGGCCCCGAGCUGCUGCGACAGGAGAGGAGGCCGCGCUCUGGCUCCACCGGCAGCUCCCUGAGCAUCUCCGCAAGGGACGCUGAGGCGCAGAUCCAGGCGUGGACCAACAUGGUGCUAACAGUUCUCAAUCAGAUUCAGACCCUCCCAGACCAGACCUUCACGGCCCUCCAGCCAGCAGUGUUCCCGUGCAUCAGCCAGCUGACCUGCCACGUGACGGACAUCAGAGUCCGCCAGGCUGUGAGAGAGUGGCUCGGCAGAGUGGGCCGUGUCUACGACAUCAUUGUGUAGAAGACUCACGUUCUGAUCCCAAGGAAGGCAGUAGCAAGGGUUCGAGGAUAGAGUGUGCCUGCCAGUCCAGCUGGUAGUAUUUCCCACCAGAACCAGUGCCUCAGGACAACCAGCAGCUCCUGGCUCAUCAGUGCCAGGGCUGUUCCGGGUACUAAGGUCAUGUCUAGAUGACACAGUGAUACUCUGAUUUUGCACAUUAUUUCAGAAGAGUCUGCAUUCCUUGACACAUUUCUAAAUCUUCAAGUUUAUUUCCCAGUGCUUUUGCCUGCAAUGUUAUCCCAAAAAGGAUCACUUUCAAGGACCACUCCUUUGAAAACACUACAUUGAUCCAUUGAUCUAUCAUUUUUUAAAAAAAUAAUGCAAUUGUUAAAGAAAUGCCUACUGGUAAGUCAGGCUGACAUACACUCACACAUCCUGUACCAGACAUUAUUAAUUGGAGGAAGAUUUAUGUUAUGAUUAUGUGUUUGGCAGGGAAGAAAACAGCUGGAAAAAUAUGUUCUUGGGUGUCAUAAUCAAGAGAGGGAUGACUUACUCUGAAAUAUUCCAGAACAUUCCAAAUUGUUCCUAAGUUGUCAGGAUCUUCUGGUUAGUAGGCACCCACCUCUUCAGUAAGGUACUGUUGUGCCUUAUUUCCCUGUUUCUGGAGGAAGAGAAUUCUUUCCUGGCAGGGUUUAAGUCUGUAGCACGACAGCCUCUGACACACAGUACCCAGUGGUGGUGUUGUCAUGAGGCCUAAAGGGACUGGCCACCUUGACUGUCCCAUGAGUCUUUGCUUUUGCUCCCAAGACAAAAAGGGAAAGAGAAAGAAAGAAAGGUGCCUUAGUCUUUUGUCGCACAGACAUUUCUAUGCUCCAGUUAUCUGAACAUAGGUACAUUUGGUCAUUAAGAAAACAAAACAUUGAAAUGCAACUUAUUUUAUGUGGACACCCAUGGAGGAAAGGAACUCAGUUCUCCAUCCAGUGAGCAGACUUCUCAGGGGAGGGUGGGGAAGCAGAUCAUGAGGAAAUCAUUUUAAACCUAAAAGUGUAUACAACAGUCACAGGACGUUGUGGUGUCCGUUACACAAGCUCUGGUCUCAGAAGAAAAUAAACUGAGGAAGAGGGGCACAGUGUGAAGUUUAGCAGAGUACGUUUUCACUUUAGCAUGGUUCUCCUGCCUGGCGAGUCAAUCACCCUGUGUUUGGGGUCUUUUCAUUCAGGCUAGUGUUUUAAGUGGAUGUUUCUUUUCCUGAAUAUUACUGGAAAAUUAGUUUGGAAGCUUUAUCUUAUUAUUUACUGUAUACUUAAUAUUUCUUAAAUUACUGUAAUGAUUGAAACUCCUCAGUCAAGCCCACUCAUAUACGUUCUCGAGAGUAGAGUUAGCUUCUUAAGACGUACAGUAGACUUUUUCCAGCCCCUAAAAAUCAUCCGUAAUCGAAUGUCAUCCUGUAAAAAUAAAGCAUCAGCUCUUCAGUAUGGAAGUAAGGAUUUAAAACUGAGAACUUCAUUCGGUUCUGGUGUUUGUAAACUUUGUCUUCCCUGAGAAUGUACCGCAGCCUGCAAGGCUCCAAGGGAGACGGUCCCGGGCUUGCUUAGGCCGUCGCCAAGACCCUUACCAUCCGGUGUGCCGAGCAGGGGUCACUACAGAAUUACUCAGAAGGCGCUUUCCAGCUCCACAGAAUGCCCUGCCUUCAGCUUUUGCUCAUUCGAUGAUAAUUCAGGUUUAGAAACAGAUCGACUAUUUGAUCUUAACAAGCAUUGAAUUGUUGGGAUAGCAGUGAGCUGUGUUCCAUACUUUUGAAUUUUUAUAUAUUGUAAGUAGAAUUGAAAGUUGGGUAGAUCCAUUUUUAUUUAACAAAAGCAGUGCACCUUGGUUGUUUGGGGUUUUUUUGCAGUUUGUCUGAGGUUCAGUUCUCCUUUGUGAGCCCGUCAAUAAUACAAAAUUUACUGGGGGGAAAAAGCUUCAGUAAAGCAGAGUAAUUAAAAAAUGUUUACAUGUAGUAACUUUUUAUAAAGUGUAAAAAUUCAGAGGAAGCCAGUCUCAGUUUAUGGAUGUCAUGUCCCAGAGCGUGUUAGUUCAUUGUUCAGAAGUCUGAAUUCAUCCCCCGCAGUCUCCAUUGUGGCAUCCAGGGCUGGUUUAUGAAAACAGGUCUGCCCCACCCUGUGUCCACACUCUUCUCUAGUGCUGGCCUGACCAAGUCCGGAGAAUAAAACCAGGGGAGGAUGUGCAGAGCUCUGGACCCACAACUCUGUCAGGCAUUUGCCCUCCCCUUCUUUGGUAAAGAAGGGCUGCAAACUCAAAGGUGGAGGACCUCCUGCCUGAGGGCCCUCCAGGCGCAGGUUUACAGGAGCUAGUGCGCUGCUCCUCAGCUCGCGCCUGGGCUUGCGUCUCCUGACCAGCUUUUAUACCCUCUUGUCAUCCCUCCCUUGUGGUGGUUUUCUAGCCUUCUCCAUCGAUGCAAAGCUAGAGCUCCUUUUACCAUUUUUAGGCUGUUUAAUGACUGACCAAGACAGAAGCUAACGUACACAGCAGCUCUGAUUGAAGUAUUUUCAUCAAAUGUGAAAAAAUGCUAACAUACUUCAGGAGUACCUUUAGAAGGGAACUUGUUGAUAUGAUAUCAUUAGGCUUCUUGGUCUAAGGAGAGGUAUGUACAAUCAACAGCCUUAACUGUAAGAAGGUAACACAAUUAUGCAACAGAGACCCUUGACUUCCCCAAACACAUCACAAUACCGCCCACGUGGGAGCCUAUCCUUCCUCAGCAUCAGUCCCAUCAGACAGAACAGCAUGAAGACCUUUGCUGGAGCCACAACAGCAGGAGGGUGCAGCCGGCAGGAGAGUGGCGUUUGUUGAGUGCCACUGUGACUGGACUUCACCCACGUUGUCCUGUUUAAUUCUCACAAUGACACCUUGUGAAGCAGGUCCUGUUUGCCUCAUUUUUUCAGAUGAGGACUUAGAGAGUUUAAGAAACUUGCCAGAGAUAACCAGUAAAUGGCAAAGUUGGUUGCACAAGCGGCACUCCUGCAUUUCGAAGGCCUGCUCGCUCUGCUUCACCUACUAGUGCACACACGCUAGUGUUCUGAGGAAUUGGAAAGUUAAAAUAAGUGGAAAUUGCUUGAUAUCCCAGAUCUAUAAUGUAAUGGAUAUUUUAAAAAUAGAGUUAAAAAAAGAAUAAGAAAAAGGUAGUGUUUAUACACAGAAAGAUCAUAUAUAACAUAAUAUUUUUUGUCUGUUUGAAAAUAAAGGAAACAAAAUCUAAAUUUUAAUCUUAAGGCAGAGCCUCAGUAGAAUUUAGAAAACUCACUAAGUUAGGUGGAAAUGAAGGAAUAAUGUUAUUCAUGACCAGCUGUUAUGCCAAGAACCAGUCUGUGUCAGAAGGACAUGCACAAUUUGGAAACCUUUGAGUUCCCGUCCAGUUGCUCAGAAUGAAGUGCCCUGUAGCCACAGUGCCUCCACUUGCUCCUGGGAGUGGGUAACACUAGGUUUGCAGGCAGUCAGAAUGCAAGGGUAUGCCGAAGGCCCUGGUCGGAAGAGGAUGCCACUGGUGGGGCGAGAGUGCUUAAAGGCCCAGGUACUGAGGGCAUCGGGUCGGAACCCACGGUGCCCUGUGCCAUGAGGCCUCCUCAGAGUUCUGCUGCUGCGCAGACGAGGAGUCAGGUAGAGGCCCAGCCAUGUGCUGCAUCACGUGGACAACAGGACUCACAUGCUGGGGACCACCUCGGUGAGCCCCAUGAGAUCUAGUGUGGCCUUCAGAAAGCGAGACUACUUUUAAGCACUUUUUAUUGGAAAUAUGAACUGCUUAUUGGUAAGAUUUAUGAAACUGGUAAAAAAUUAUAAUUAUGCCUCAUCAAAAAAAGAAAUGUGUUCUCGUUCAUUAGUGGAACAGUCUAGAAAACUGUCUGUGAGACCCUCUUCUUCUGCUUGUGUUGUAAUGUUUGUAUUUUAUGUGGAGAUAACAAAGUUUUGGACUAGGACACCAUUUAGAUUUCCAAAACACAAUUAUUACUUCAGGGAAGAUAGACCAAAAAAGAAAAGUCACCCCUUGGGAUAGUCUAGGAGAAACUCAGUUGAAAACUGGGCUCAACAUCCUCAAACAGCGGCACCACUUAUUAACUGAAGAAAACCCACCACCACACCACUAGCACGCCGCAAAACCUUUCCCUCUACCGCUGAGGGAUAACGCGAGGCUCCAGGGAGGAGAGACUGGCCGGCCGCCUUGGUGACAAGCUGCAGUCAGCUGCUGGUGAGUCCUAUCUGGUGAUGGGUCUUCCAGCCUUUCCAACCACCCUGAGUGUUUGUACUGUUACUCCCUACCAUGCAGAGUGAAGUAGGGGUUGUCCAGUGUCCUCGGACUUUAGAAUAGUGGUUCUUAAACUUUAGCAAACAUCAGAAUCACCUGGAGGGCUCACCAACGCCCAGGGUUUCUGAUUCACUAGGUCUGGAAAUUUGCAUUUCUAACCUGUCCCCGGGUGUGGAUGGGGCUGCUGGUCUGGGGACCACAUGUGGAGAACCACUGCCUUGAAAGCACCUCCAGCUACGGCCUUUGAGGUCAGCCUGACAACAAGCACUAGCGGAGAACUGGACCGAACCUUGGCAGACACCCUGGGACUGGAGCCCUGCAGCGUUCCCGCUUAGUCUGCCCAGGUUUCUUAGCCCAGCAACUGGUGUUUACAAGCUGGAAGACUAUGAAUGUAUAAGUUCUGUGGACAGUGAGAUGGGUCUGAGCUUCUGGUCUUUGUGUCUAGAAACGCUGAUUCUAUGGAUGAUCAUUCGUAUUACACUGACCCUUUGACUUGUCCUGAGGUGACUUGACUUAAGUAUGUCGCGUUUGAGUUCCUUCUGUCCGUGCAUCUGUAAUGGGAUGUUCCCAUGUUGACUCCGCUACAGCCUUGGCUUCUGGCUUCCAGAGGUGUUUGCGCAGUGGCUCACUGGCCAGUCGUUUUGCAUCCCUCCUUAGUCAUUAGAAUAUCAGCACGUCAAGAGACGAUAUCCCUGCUGAAUGCACCGUCAUCCAUCCCUUAGCUGCUUGGUAUAAAUUAAUAUUUUAAUAUCUUAUUUAUCUCUAAGGAACCUACCAAAUGGCUUCAUGGAAAUUUGCAAACUGAACCAACCCCCUUUUGAGCAGUACACGUGCCUGUUUUAAGAGCUUUUUGGUAAAUGUGUUUUGUUUGUGCGUGUGCCUGCACAGUGGAGACAAUGUUCAUGAUCUCAUCUUCCAAAUCAUGGGAAAAACGUAGAAGUCAUGAAUAUGCUCUGGGAAUACAGUGAAGUCACAUUAACUCAAAUAUGGAUGGGGUCUUAGUUUAUCUCUUAACACUUUGUUCAAUUAAUUAGCUUCAGAAUUUUUUCCAUUAAAAACAUAAGGAUCAUUGAGGGAAUAAUUCAAGAGAAAUUAUAUACCUUAAAAUCAUCACCAUAUAAACUGUAUUAAUUACACACAAUUCUUAUUGAUCUAAUAAAGUUUCUCUAAAGACUUAUGUUUAAAUACCCUGAUGUUAUUUAAAUUACUUUAGAUUGCUGUAUGAGUAGAAAGUAAUGACUAUGUUUACUAGAAUGAGAAAGCGCAUCGAAGUGUUAAUCAUAUCAAGGAUUCAAGUCCUUGCCUCUGUAGAGGAAAUAAUUGAAGCUUUUUUAUUUCACUUGUUUCCCAGAAUCAUUUUUGCAAAUUGUGUUCUUUUAAUAAUAACUGAUUUUUAAUUAAGUUUUAAAAAUUAAUCUCUAGGAAUAAUUUAUUUUGAAUUUGUUUUACCAACUGGUGCCAAAAAGGGGCGGGGGAAUCUAAAAGUCAGUCUUUUGAACCAACAUGUAUAAUGUUAUGUUUCCUCUUUAAGUGGGGAGCUCAAACCCCUGACACUCCAGCCUCCGGUGGCAUCCACGCUACCUUGUGAUUACGUGCAAGCUGCUCUCUGCUCCUCCCUGUGCAUUCCAACUGAUUCUUUUCAGAAGUGGUCCUCUCUAAUAAAAAUCGGUUUCCCACUCAAUAGGCAAAACUGGACAAAGAUUAAUGCUUUACUAUGUUUGGUUUCACUUGAGUUCCAGCCACGUGGUGGGAUAUCGGUGUGGCUGAUGGGAGCCAGAGGACGUUCCUGGGAAAGGAAGGGCUGGGUGGUUUUGUGUCAGGGGAUUGGGAAGAAGGGAGCUAAGAAUAAGAGGUUUGUGGCCCUAAUGAAGCCAAAGGACUAUUAUUCAAGAUGAUUUUCCUGCUUCUCGAAGAGGAAUAAGCUUAAAUCACGUUAUGAACAGUUCCCCUACCCCCGUCUCCCACUCUAAACAUUAAAGCCAGUGGUGGUGAGGGUCCUUUAUCCUGUCUUGUUUAUGCCAAAGAAUCAACUUGUUUUCAUUGAAAAUUAUAAAUAAGCGAAGCUUGGUAUAGCCAUAAAGAUUUGAGUCAGUAUGCCAUUUUAUCUGUAGAACGCAAAAUUCAUCCUUGCAACCCGUUCACCAGGAGCCUCAGAGCAUUUCCUUUGCUCCAAAGGACUGGUCAAGGAAGUACAAUUUCUGUUUUGCCUUAUUUAGUCAGUUUGGUCACAUUUAUUUUUUAAAAAACACAGGAAACCACCCUUCUUUGUAUCUUGAUAUAACUGUUUGAUUUGAUACAAUCCGUCUGUCUGUUGUUUAACAGGUCCCUGUAAGCAAGCUUGCAAGCGUAUUUUGUGUACAUUUUAUCCGAAGUGAAAAUGAAAAUUCUAAAGAGAAAAUAUUUUAAAAGAUAUUGUAUUUAUGUUGCUUGUGUUGUAGAAUAAAGAUUCAGAUGCAUUAAAAAAUCUCA